AUGUCGGCCAGACCAUCAAAACGGGCCAAAACCGGCCACAGCCCUCUCCGUGUCACCCGCAUUCAACCACACCGACAAUGUGCUAAUCGCCCCCCUCGGUUUUGGCGCUUCCUGGAACUGCCCGCCGAGGUCCGCAACAUGAUUUACUCGCAACUGCUCACCAUCCCCACCGCCGCCGACGUGGCCGGCGUCUGGGAAUCCCAGCCCCGUCUUGACCUGAGUCUCUUGUACGUCGACAAGCAGAUAUCCCGUGAGGCCGCCUUUGUCCUGUACAGUAAAAACACCUUUGUCUUUCUCGAGCCCUGCGACGAGCACCGGGACGACUCUCCGGACGCCCAGGACUGUGCCCGCCACCGCAGCUGCAACUGGCUCCGCCUGAUAGGUCCCAACAACGCCCUGUCGGUCCGCAACCUGCACAUCCGCAUCCGCGCCGAGCGCUCCUCGCGCCCAGACUCGUACUACUCGGACUUGAUCCUCGCCCUGUCCGGCCUGGCACCCAACCUGACCCGGCUGGCCGUCAUUGCCGAGAAGCACGCGAUGCAAACACGCCCCGUCACCAUCCCCGCCGGGCCCGCCGGUUCAUUAACGGGAGGACACCAGCAGGUCUUGGAGAUGCACUGGAACCGCCAGUGGGACCCCAACCACGUCACGCCCAUCAACACGUGGACCCUGUACCAGAUGCGCUUCGGCCUGCGCAAGUUUCCUAACUUGAUGAACUUGGUCCUGGCCGGCUUCGAGCAACCCGGCCAAUUCUUCAUACCCAUGUGCCACUUAAUUAACAGGAACAGGCGCUGCAGGAUCCACGUCGUGAGGCGGACCGUCGCUAGCAGGAGUUGUAGGAAACACCCCAACUUUUCGACGCUGUGGAAUGAGCUGCCUGUGUUGGACCAGAAGGGCAGGCCCAUUCCUAAACCCGAGAAAAAGAAGGGUGGCGGCGGUGCGUGUGGAAGCGGCGGCGGUAAUCUGACUGCUGAUGAUGCUCAGGCCACUACUACUACUGGUCAGAGUAGUGUUGCAGGUCAGCAGAAUGCUGCUGCUGCCGCUGGUGGUGGUCAGAAUGCUGCUGCUGCUGCUCAGAAUCAGGAGGAGGAUGAUGGUGAUGCUGCUUCGGACGAUGGCUGGCAGGAUAUCGAGGCUCUUGCAAGUGAUAGCGGAGCUGAAGAAGACGACGAAGGCGAGGAAGACGACAUGAUCAUCUAG